AUGGAAAACGAAAAUCAUAGCCAGAGAAGAUCAACUUUGCCUCCUAAUCAAGAUCCUGCAAGCAUCUUCUACAUUCAUCCAUCUGAUGCAAAUUCAGUGCAGCUGAUUUCAUUCAAGUUCAAUGGUGAAGGCUACACAAGCUGGAAGAGGUCUAUGCUGUUGGCCUUGUCUGCAAAGAACAAAAUAGGUUUUGUUGAUGGCAGCAUUGAGAAGCCAGAUCCUGGAUCACUUGAAUGCAAGGCUUGGGAGAGGUGCAAUGAUCUGGUUUGUUCUCUUAUUCUGUGUAAUCUUGAUGAAAUCAUUUCUAAGAGUGUGAUGUUCCUUAAAUCUGCAAGAGCUAUUUGGAUUGAUUUGGAAGAGAGAUUUGGCUUUGCUUCGAUGGCACAAAUCUACUCACUAGAACAGAAAUUGUCUGAAAUCAGUCAAGGAAACAAGACUGUUUCUGAGUUUUUCACUGAAAUUAAGUCGAUAUGGGAUGCAAUUGAGGAAGCACACCCUAUGCCAUAUUGCACUUGCAACAACUGUACUUGUAAUGUGACUAAAAAAUUCUUUCAGAGACAGCAAGAAAAAAUGGUAAUGCAGUUCAUGAUGAAGCUGACUGAUCAGUAUGCAACUAUAAGAGGCAAUGUUUUGAUGGUGCCAGAAUUACCAAAGGUUUCAGAAGCUUACAGGCUCUUUGCACAGGAAGAAAGACAUCAAGAAGUUUCUCAUACAAACAACUCUUCAGAACCAGUUGCUUUUGCUGCUGAGAAAAGAAGGUUUGGGGGAGACAAUUGGAAUAAUAGAAACAAAUCACAGGCAACUGGUUAUCAAAGAACAGGUGCUAAUAAUAAGCAAGGGAGAACAGUCUAAAGAACACAGAACUGCUGCAUUAUCUCAUGAUAAUCAUUCUGGUGUUGAACCACCACCAUUGCCAAAACCAGAAGCCACUCCAGAAAUCACAGUAGAUCAGUAUCAGCAGUUGAUGAGCUUAUUAACUAAACAACAACAGAAUGCAGGAGCUGGAACUGUCAAUCAAACCAACAAUCUAGCUAUGAUGGCAGAAAGGGAGUUUGAUUCCUCUUGGUGAUGUCAGUUCUGGACUAUACAAUGUUGGGGAACAAGUACCACCAAAAACAACUUCUGAGCAGUCUCAUACAUGCAACACAGGUUGCUUAUCAGUUGUAGAUAAUGCUAAGUUGUGGCAUCUAAGACUAGGUCAUUUGCCUUUUAGUCAAUUGAAGUUAAUAAUUCCAGAUUGUGAAGUCAAAAGUUGUAUACAAGAUACUAUCUGUCAGGUUUGUCCUGUGUCAAAACAAACCAGACUUAGCUUCCCUCAUAGUAGUAUCAGUACCUUAACACCUUUUGACUUGAUUCAUAUAGAUGUAUGGGGUCCACAUUCUGUAAAGACUCCUACAGGGUGUAAUCAGUUUCUCACUAUAGUGGAUGACUAUAGUAGAUUCACUUGGAUACAUUUGUUGAGAAAUAAAAAGGAUGUUGUUUCUGUUAUGACUGAUUUUUUAAACAUGGUGAAAACACAAUUUGGUGUCAUGAUUAAGUGUAUAAGAUCAGAUAAUGCCAAAGAGCUGUG